AUGUUUAAGUCGCUGUUAUUAGUUUGUGCUUUAUUCACUACUACGAAUGCCUUUGGCUAUGGCAUUCCCCCUCUUCUCGGCGGGUUAGGCUUUUAUCCAACUCUGGAAAAUUUAUUCCGGCCUCCUAACUUGUUCGGCUCUGGAUACAGAAGGUUCGGAUAUGCCCGACCUUCUUAUCCAUCUCCUGGUUAUCAAUCGGGUUACGCAGCUCCAGAGCCUUCAUAUAAUAUGCCAGAAAGCUCAUAUUCUGCUCCAGAGCCAAUGCCAUCAUAUAAUGCUCCACAACCAUCUUAUAACAUUCCAAGCUCGUCUUAUAGCCGACCUGAACCUGUUCCAUAUGUACCUGAACCAUACUCAAAGCCCGAGUAUCCUGAACCAAGCUACUCUCGACCAAGUUCAUAUUCAAGGCCUGAUUAUAUCCAACCUCAACCAGGAUAUGCUGGUCCAAGUUAUGGAAAACCAGAAUACCAAAACCCUGGCUACUCCAACCCUUCUUACUCUGGACCUAUGCCACCAAACCAGCCAGCUCCUCAAAUCCCUCCUUACAACAGCCCAGUAUCUAACAUUCCAUCACAAGAUAAUGUUCAAAUAUCUUAUAACGAGGAUCAGAGUCCCACUGUCUUCUCUUCUCCACCACCUCCACCAGCAGACCCAAAGUACGAUGACGCUGCUGCUCCAGCUCCUGCUCCAGCCAGCGCUCCAGUCUCAGAAACUCAAAUGCCUAGUUUCAACUAUGAUGAUAUUUCUCAGAAAGAAGUGAACCCAUCGAUCUCAACGCCUUAUGAACAAAACGCCAAGCAAGUUAAAGCUUGA